UUGACCUCGAGUCGAUUCUUCCCUGCCGACCCUUCCCCCUCCGCCCAGUUCGCCCACGCAGCCAUGGCGACAGCAGCAGCAAACCAGAACGUCAUCCGAAGGAAACUCGUCAUUAUUGGUGACGGUGCUUGCGGCAAGACUAGUUUGCUUAGCGUUUUCACCCUUGGAUAUUUUCCUACCAUCCCGACCGUCUUCGAGAACUACGUCACCGAUUGUAGAGUAGAUGGGAAAUCAGUUCAGUUGGCGUUAUGGGAUACCGCAGGACAGGAGGACUACGAGAGGCUGCGUCCACUGGCGUACAGUAAAGCGCAUGUCAUCCUCAUCGGCUUCUCGGUCGACACUCCUGACUCACUCGACAACGUCAAGCACAAGUGGAUAGAGGAGGUGACUCGACUCUGCCCCGGAGUGCCCAUUAUCCUCGUCGGAUUGAAGAAAGAUCUGCGCGAGGAUCCCGUCGCCAUCGAGGAAAUGCGCAAGAAGUCCCUCCGCUUCGUCACCCAACAGGAGGGCGACCAGGCCGCCAAGGAGAUCAACGCGAAGAAGUACCUCGAGUGCUCGAGUCUGAGCGGCGAGGGUGUCGACGACGUUUUCGAGGCCGCUACGCGCGCCGCCCUCCUUACGUUUGAAAAGGGCGAAGGAGGCGGUUGCUGCGUUAUCCUCUGA